GCGAAUGUUCAUAACUUGCAGUGGCCCUUCACAACACCAAGAAGAGUAGUCACGGGUUGCCAAGAGCCAGCGAGAGCAGCGAAGAUGGCUGAGACAGAGGGCGCUAAUGUUGGUGCUGAUGUUGGUGUUGAUGUUGGUGUUGAUGUUGGUGUUGUUGGUGGCGGUGCGGGCACGGAAGCAGAAGACCAACAGCAGCAGCAGCAGCAGCAGCAGGAAAAGGAGCAAAGCCGUGGCGGGAGUGCGUUGCGGCCAAAGGACAGUGCAUUAGCGGAAGGAGCGACAGAGGAGGGAGAUGAUGAGGGAGGAGCCACCGAAAGGCCCGAACACGAUGUACGAGAUGAAGAUGGUGAAGCGGAGCCAGAGAGAGAAGAACAUGCUGAGGCAGGAGAGGGAGGAGACCAAACCGAAGGCACUGCCAAGGAAGGAGACGAGGAAAAUGACCGAGGCGAGGGGGAUGAGAGAGGGGAGAGCGAUGACGAUGAUGAUGAGGAGAACGAGCAAGGGGAGGCAGAAGAGGAACACGACGACGAUGAGGAGGAGGAGGAGGAGUGGCUUGAUCCAUUUCCGGAUCUGGAUGUUGACGAGUUGGAACAACGCGUGUUUGAACAACAGGAAGCGAAUGAGACGCUGAGACUGGAGACGGAGUGCUUGCAACGCUAUUUUGACAGGCAACAGGCGGACGCAGUUGAGACAGAUGACGAGGAUGCGCAGGAGACGGUGCAAGUGAAGGAGCGCACAACACGGCGACGGUCGCGGUCGAUGCGCUCGAGUGCGCGCAGCGCUGCUUCCACAGCACCGACUGUGCUCACAGAUGUCCAGAAGAGCGAUAUUGCACAGCGGGAUCUCGACUAUCUCCGCGCCCAACUCAAACAGUUCAAAGAGGAGUCGCUACAGAAGGUGCACACGCUGCAGGCUGUGAUUGCGGAAUCAGAAGUUCGCCUGAUGGAGAUUCCAAAGCUGGAAAUGCUCUUUGACGACGAAGUCACACGCAGCGCAGAACUCUCGCGGUCUGGAAAAGUGGAGACGGAUGCUCUUCGCGCCUUCUAUCGCCGGCGAAUGAAGCAAUGCGAAACGCUGAAGGACAAGCUGAACGUGAAGAACCAGACGAUGCGGGCGCACAAGCAGCGCGCGGUGUCGCAGCUCAAGGCCAAGGACGAGAUUGGCGGACACCUGCACCAGGUCGACUUUGAGCAGCUGAAGAUUGAGAAUGAGCAGUUCUCCGUUGACAUUGAUAAGCGCAACAAAGAGCUGUCCAAACUCAAGUCGGCCGCAGGCAGGACGAACCAGACGCUGGAGAAGUUCAAGGACCGGCUGCGGGUGCUGCAAGCGGAGUCUGACCGCGUGGCUGUGGAGAUUUCGAGUCGUGAGGAUCUCAUUCGUCGCAUAGCAGCAGAGCGCCAACGCGUCGACAGCGCACACGCAAAGCUCAAGGCACGCAGCAACAGUCUCUCCCAGCAGCUUGAAGACCACCGCGUGCCGGAGGUGCUUGAUCUGGUGAAGCAGCAGGCAACAAUGCCAAAGCUCCAGCAGACCGUUCGCACAAUGGAGCGCAAACUCGACCUCGCUCAGAUGGAGUUUGACCACACCCGGCGCUCCCUCCGCUCAACGCGCCGCCUGACCGCAACGAGAAAGUAGCAAACAUGUGUGUGUGUGUGUGUGUGUGUGUGUGUGUGUGUGUGUGUGUGUGUGUGUGUGUGUGUGUGUGUGGCUCUUUGUCUCUGUCUCUAUCUCUGUCUUUCCUUCUCCUUCUCCCUACCCCUCUCUCGUUGAUUGUGUUCUCGGGAGUUGUGGUGUUGUGUUCCACUGUUCGUUUACGUUGCACAUAUUGUGUGGUGAAAGGAGCGAGAGCGUAACUGUCCAGCAAUGCACAUCAACAACAACAAAUACAAACAACAGCCACUUAACUUAAAACCGCAG